UGAUAUUUUUAUACAGCAUAGUACAUCUAGGGAUUAAUUUCAUUUUUAAUUUUAAAGCUAAGACUAAAAUGCUUCUUUUUUCGCCAUUAAAUGCUCUCUUCCGUUUUUAUCUUACUCUUAUAAAAUUUGCCAUGUUAUCCCACGUUUUCUUGCAUAAAUUUCAUCCGAGUAAUCCUUAUUUCUAGAAUUUAUUUAAACUCUUGUUUAAAACAUAAUUGCUUUUUUAAUUCACAACUCUAAUAUUCUUAAAAAUAAACUUAAAUUUUAAUUAAUUAGUUGAAUUAUAUCAAAAAAAUUAAUUAAUUCAAAAAAUAAUGAAGGGAACAAUAGUAGUAACUGACCCACAAAAACCUUCAACAAAUCUGUCGCUCUGUCCAGAAGACGUUUACUCUGCAGAUCAGCGCAGCUAUCGUUUUUAUGCUAAUGCUCCGAUUAGUCUGUUCGGCAUUAUCUCUAAUUUGAUGAACAUUGUUGUUUUUAUGGACAUGGAGAUGCGACAACAACUUGUAAACCAUUUCUUACUUGUUUUGUCCAUAUCAGAUCUACUCCUUCUGAUUUGCAAUUUUUUCUUCCUUGUACUUCCUGUAGUUGUUGUAGAGACUGACUCCUUUUUCUGGAAUGACUUUUUCCCAUAUAUCAUACGUUACUCGUAUCCACUUGCAUUGACUGCUCAGACUAGCGGCGUUUAUUUGACAGUUCUCGUUAGUUUUCAUCGCUUUCUGGGUGUGUGUCAUCCUUUCAAGGCAAAGAGAUGGGUCUCGUUGGCACCAGUAGAAAGUGCUAUAGCUGGCUCGAUUCUCUUCAGUUUUGUCAUCAACAUUCCUACAUGGCUGGAACUUGGAGUGGUGCCCUGUUUAUCUUCUCGGUUUAAUCAAAUUUCUCGACAGAUCCAACUUGCCCCAUUUCACAACAUAACCUACAUUUUGAUAAAGAAAUGCAUUGCAUAUACUAUUCUAAUGUUUAUAGUACCAUUUGGUGUAUUAAUAACUGUUAAUUGGAAGAUGGUUCAAGCGCUCCGCUUUAGUAGCCGAAUGAGGCAAAGAAGUUAUUCUACGAAUAGACAGACAAGUAAUGAAAAUAUUGUUAAGCAGUUGCAUUUACUUCGAAAAUCACGUAUGCUGAAGCCUUCAUCAGAUCUGUUUAAACCAAAAUUUUCCAACUCAACUCGUGAUCGCUCAAUCACAAUGAUGCUCUUAGCCAUAGUUGCGCUUUUUCUCCUUUGUAACGGACUUGCGUUUCUUAAUUCAAUAAUCGAGUCAAUUAUGCUCUUUGCUAGCGAUGAGAGUAACAAAAACGUCUUACCGGUAUUUUUCAAAUAUCUAUGA